UGUGUUUACAUCGUGAUACAUCUUGAAUUCAUUUUGGAUAAAUGAAUGUAGUGCCUUUGGGCAUGUGACAGGGAAUGUGACAACCGAGACUUAGUGUCAUCUGAAAGCUGGACAAACCUGCAGGAGGUUGCAGUGUCAGAUGUCACUAGUAGAUUUGGGAAAGAAACUUUUAGAAGCUGCCCGAGCGGGUCAAGAUGACGAAGUUCGCAUUUUGAUGGCAAAUGGAGCACCUUUUACCACAGACUGGCUAGGAACAUCUCCACUUCAUCUAGCAGCACAGUAUGGGCACUACUCGACAACAGAAGUGUUGCUGCGAGCAGGUGUAAGUCGAGAUGCCAGAACCAAAGUGGACAGAACUCCAUUACAUAUGGCAGCGUCAGAAGGCCAUGCCAACAUAGUGGAAGUCUUGCUUAAGCAUGGUGCUGAUGUCAAUGCAAAGGACAUGCUCAAGAUGACUGCACUUCACUGGGCUACUGAACAUAAUCACCAAGAAGUGGUAGAACUCUUAAUCAAGUAUGGAGCAGAUGUCCAUGCUCAGAGUAAAUUUUGCAAAACUGCAUUAGAUAUUGCAAUAGACAAUGGAAAUGAAGAUCUUGCAGAAAUAUUACAGAUUGCCAUGCAGAACCAAAUCAAUACAAAUCCAGAGAGUCCAGACACUGUGACAAUACAUGCGGCAACACCACAGUUUAUCAUUGGACCUGGAGGGGUGGUGAACUUAACAGAUGAGACAGGUGUGUCUGCUGUACAGUUUGGAAAUUCAUCAACGUCAGUAUUGGCCACGUUAGCGGCUUUAGCAGAAGCAUCAGCCCCAUUGUCUAAUUCUUCAGAAACACCAGUUGUGGCAACUGAAGAAGUGGUGACAGCAGAGUCGGUGGAUGGUGCUAUUCAGCAAGUGGUCAGUUCUGGAGGUCAGCAAGUGAUCACCAUAGUCACGGAUGGCAUCCAGCUUGGCAACCUCCAUUCAAUCCCAACCAGCGGGAUAGGGCAGCCAAUCAUUGUGACCAUGCCGGAUGGACAGCAAGUAUUAACAGUUCCAGCAACAGACAUUGCUGAAGAAACUGUGAUAAGUGAAGAACCACCCGUCAAGAGACAGUGCAUUGAGAUUGUUGAAAAUCGUGUGGAGUCUGCAGAAAUAGAAGAAAGAGAAACUCUUCAGAAGCAGCUGGAUGAGGCAAACAGAGAAGCACAAAAAUAUCGUCAGCAACUUCUAAAGAAAGAGCAAGAAGCAGAGGCUUAUCGGCAGAAGUUAGAGGCAAUGAACCGCCUCCAGACUAAUAAAGAAGCUGUUUAAUAAAAAA